AUGUCAAAGCGUUCAUAUCCUAGUGAAACAGUUGAGGACAAUUCAUUAGUAUCAAAUGAUCCCGGAAAUUGGAAUACAUUAACUGAGGAAAAACGAAAUAUGUAUAUUAAAAAAGGUUCCAAAUUUUUUCAAAAUAAAGAUAGUGACUUUUUAAAUUCCACACGAAAUUAUACAGAAUCAAAUGGUAAAAUUAAAGUGAGACACUUAACCAAGUCAAUAUUCACUCGUCAACUAAAAAAUGGUGAAAAUGUCGAUAGAUCGUGGCUUUUAUAUUCUCCCUCGAAAAAAGCUUUGUUUUGUUUUGUAUGUCGUCUCUUUUCUUCUACAAAAACUGGAUUUAGUUGUGAACAAGGAUUUAAUGACUGGAAACAUGUUCAUACGGUUGUCUUGGAGCAUGAAAAUAGCUUAAUGCACAGAGAAUCUGUCAUGACUUUUUCUGUUAGGACCAAAAAUAAUGGUCGCAUAGAUCAAGAAAUAUCUUAUCAAAUAAACUUAGAAGUAAAUUAUUGGAAAGAAGUAUUAAAGAGAAUUGUUGCUGUAAUAAAAUUUUUGUCGUCACGAGGAAUUGCGUUUCGCGGAGAAAAUCAAAUAAUUGGAUCUCAACACAAUGGGAACUAUUUGGGCUGUUUAGAGUUAAUAAGCCAAUUUGAUCCAUUUCUUUUAGAACAUUUAAAUAAAUAUGGAAAUCAAGGCAAAGGAAAUCCUUCAUAUUUGUCAGCUAAUAUUUGUAAUGAAUUUAUUAACAUAAUGGGGAGACAAGUGCUAAAUGCAAUUCUUUCGGAAUUAAAAGUGGCUAAAUAUUAUUCAAUUAGUGUUGAUUCCACUCCUGAUCUUUCUCAUAUUGAUCAAAUGACAUUCAUUAUUCGGUAUGUUAAUGAUGAUACUCCAGUUGAAUGUUUUUUGGAAUUUAUUCCUAUUGAUGAACAUGGAUCUGAGUAUUUAUUUAAAGUUAUUUUAUCUUUUCUUGAAAAAAAUCAGAUUAGUUUGAAUAACUGUCGUGGCCAGUCGUAUGACAAUGCUGCAAAUAUGUCAGGACAAUAUGUCAGCUCAUUCUUUGAACUUGGUAGGGGUUCGUGCAGCAGAAUGUGUUAUGGAAGCAGUAAGUUAUUUUCAAUUUGUACAAAAAUUGUAUAA